AUCCCCACCAAAUCCCCAUUUUCUCUCCCUCCUCUCUUCUCUUCUCUUCUCUGCCUCUCGCCGCCCGCUCGUCAGCCCGGCGUCCCCCUCCACCGCCGCCUCUCCACCAUCUCCCCCUCCUCAUCUACCUCGUCCCGCCUCCCUGCCUCGCUCGCAGCACCGCCGGGUCGCUCCUCCUCCGCCCACCCCACCGUGGGCACCACCCCCGCGCCUCCACCGCCGAUCUCAGGUUCCAUUAACUUCGAUUAUAUAAUGUAGAAAAGUGUAGCAGGAGCCAAUAGCCAUGCCAGCUAGUGACAAGCAACUAGCAUCCACAGUGAAGAAAGUAACAUCGCGUGAGCUGCCAAAGAAAGGUGCAGACAUUGUAAAUAUGUCUCAGGGCACUUCACCGCUGCCAAAGGAUAAAGGUACUGCGACAGAGCCUGGAAAGACCGUGGGCACCAAACGGUCUGAUGCUCCUUCAAGUCCUGGGUAUCAUAAUGUUUAUGUACGAAGAAAAGUGGAAAAUGACCAUAGUAAAGUGAGUUCUUCUCAGGAGGUGAAGGGUAAUGGAAGAGACAAAACAAAAGAGCAGGAGACACAGCAAAAUGUGCAACAUGAUCAGACCAAUAAACCAGAAGUGUCAUCUUCUGUUGCUGUGCAACAUGAUCAGUCCAAUAAGCCAGAUUUGUCAUCUUCUGUUGCUGUGCAACAUGAUCAGACCAAUAAACCAGAAUUGUCAUCUUCUGUUGCUGUGCAACAUGAUCAGUCCAAUAAGCCAGAUUUGUCAUCUUCUGUUGCUGUGCAACAUGAUCAGACCAAUAAGCCAGAAUGGCCAUCUUCUGUUGCUGUGCAACAUGAUCAGACCAAUAAGCCAGAAUUGCCAUCUUCUGUUGCUGUGCAACAUGAUCAGACCAAUAAGCCAGAAUUGCCAUCUUCUGUUGCUGUGCAACAUGAUCAGACCAAUAAGCCAGAAUUGCCAUCUUCUGUUGCUGAAUCUGGAGGCAUAGUGUCUCCUAAAUCUCCUGAAAAAACAAAUGAACAAAUUGUGAACAAGAAAAAUGAGCCUCCUGUAGCUCCUGGUACUACCGUUCAAGAUGAUACCCAUAAGUCAAGCAAUCAAUACUGGAAUGCGAGAUUUAAUCGGUUACAGACAUAUUUGGAGAGCUGUGAUCGGUCAACUCAGGAGGGUUAUAUGCGAAUGCUUAGGUCCCUCUCGGCGGCUGAUCGAAGCAUGCAUGCAAUUGAUCUGGAGAAAAGGGCAAUUCACUUAUUAGUGGAGGAAGGGAAAGAGCUGCAACGGAUGAAGGCUUUGAAUGUUCUGGGAAAAGUUUCGCCAAACGGUCCUUCAAAACAGGCCCCUUUGUAGCGACAGGACCAAGAACGAGAUGGAUGGUGUAAUUCGAAGAGCUGAAAUGUUCCAGGUCCAUCGCAGCAAAGACUAUGGUCUACUCAUGUAGCUCCAUUUUUCCUUGGGCCUCCUUUGCCAUGUAACUCAUUUUCCUUCAUUUCUUUCUGCUUUUACCUCUCGACGACUUACCAACCUCAUGUGCUGUGAGAUUGCUGUAAUGUGGUGUAAUUAACUUGUAUGGAUAAACCUGCCAUGCUUAAUGGCCAAGCGUGACAAUUUCAAUCAGUGUUAUUUUUAUUUUAUUUAUUUAUGUUUUCCAUGAUAUUAACAUGAGUUAGCUCA